AUUGUUCUCACACCCAAUUACUGUCGUGUCCUCGUGAUAGAGUUGUCAGAACGUCGAGUGUGCGUAAGACGUGUGUCAGGAAUAAGUCGAUAUCUCGUGUGUAACAAAGAUUUUUCGGAAAUGGCGAGUCACAAUUAUUUGAGUGAUCCGAAGAACCCGUUCUUUUCAUUGGAGGAUGACAUAGACGACGAGACGUUUCUGCGGGUCGCGCCACCCGGAACUCGACCUGUGGAACGUUAUCUCGACAACGACUUCGAGCAAAACCGUCAACAAUUGUUGCAACGUAAAAGGGAUAUAGAGGAACGCACAAUACAAUCUUCCGAAAGAUCUGUCUCGCUUCUGAGAGACUCGGAGCAAAUCGGUGCAGCCACAGCUGAGGAAUUAAUUCGACAAAAAGAACAGCUGCAAAGAACAGAGAAGAGAUUAGACGAUAUUAACAGUACAUUAAGAUUUAGUCAGAAACACAUUCAAGGAAUAAAAAGUGUCUUUGGUAGUUUAAAGAACUAUCUCAGUGGCAAAUCUCUCGAUGCUCCGAUACCAUCGACGAAGUUGUCCGAGUCUUCUAGCUCUGGAUCUGUUACGUCUCCAGCGCUGUCUAACUCAUUGGAACAGGUGCAAACUAACAUGAGCAACUCGUAUUCGUCGAUGAAAAUAAGAGGAAGUUACGAUGACAGUGAUUACGAAGAUGCCAGACCUCCUAAGGACAGAGUAACCAAGGCUCUGGAGCAGAAUUUAAAUGAAAUGAGUGGGUCAUUGGCGAGACUGAAGAGUUUAGCGAUUGGUUUGUCAGAAGAAAUAGACUCGCAGAACGAUUUGAUCGACAAUAUCACUGACAAAACGGAGAAGGCGGAUAUAAUGUUGCAGAAGCAAAACAAGGACAUGUUGCAUUUAAUGAAGAAAUAAAUAACGAAUAACCGGCAAAUCGGACGUUUCGCUCGUAAUACCACGAUAUUAACCAUACUUCUUAUACGAAGUAUAAAUGUACGUUGUACAACGGAAUGGAUCUUUGACGUUUAUUUCUGUCGUUGAAUAUGGAAUUCAUGUCGCCAAUCAUGUGAUUAUACUGUACGGCGGCAUAUUUUAUAGAAUUUUUCACGGUGCGGUUUGCGAUCAUUACAAUGUAAUUGUAAUAGUACAAUGUUAGAAUGAUUUAUUGUCAGUACAUGUUCCUUGAUGGGGAAGAGAUCUAUUUAAGCGGUUGUUGUUGCUACGAAACUACACGUAAUACCUUUAUACGCGAGUAUGCUACACGAAAAGCUUUUAAUUGACGGUUUCUCGAGAUUUCGUAGCCUUUUAAGACAUGAAAGCUGUGAUAAGCAUACAUCCAAGUAAGAGUAAUAUUUACGUUCUAAGUUGAUAUUAUUUUAUUAUUUACCAAUAUGAAACUCAUAAUUUAUUGAUGAAAUAACAAGAUUGGCAAAACAAAUUUACUAUGUACAAGCAUAUAUAUAUAUAUAUGGUAAUGUAAAAGUCAAAAAUUGUUUUUUUUUUUAAUAAAGUACCCAUGUUAUCAUAUGAGUUAUAUAAUAUUCGUGCGGAUUAAUAAUCAAUCCCCUUUUCAUGAAGUUAGAUUUUUCACAUACGUUUAUUUAGUUCAUUUACAAUUUGCAUAACUUAGAAAUAUCUUAUAUGUAUUGUAUAUAAAGAAAUGAUUAAUGAUUUAAGCAAGAUGAAGAGCAAUAGCGCAUAAUGUAUAAUAGGAUAGACAAUAAUUGUAUAUACACAGUUAUAUAAAACUCGUCAGUUUUAAUGUUCUUUCCUUUAUUAUAGAUUAAGAUAAUUACGAAGUGAAAUUGUGUGAAAUUAUAUAAAUAUGCAGAAGUGAGAUGUAAUAAUGAGAAAUGUGUAUGAGUAAAUAUGCAUUCAUGACU